AUGAGUGGCAAGGAUAUGUCUGAGGAGCAGCGGUUUGCUUACCACGCCCCCCAACCCUACGGGCGGCGGAGCUUGAACACAACAACAACCAACUGCGUUGGAGAAGGAACGGAUCCGCUAGUUGUCGUGGGGGUUCCGGUAGUGGUACUAGUGGCCUAUGUACAGGAAGUUCUCUCUGUGUCUCUGGAUGAAGUCGAAGUGGCUAUUGUAGGCCCGGCUGUUGCUGUACUUGUACUUGUGGGUGCUGUUCCGCUCGUACUAGGAACACCAGCGGAUAUCACCCAGAAGGCCUCGGCGGCUUGA